AUUCUUUGGACGCAUCCGGACCACAUCUCAGUGUGAAGCAAUAAAUUCUCUCAUAAGAUCUUAUGUGAGAAAAAAAAAUACCCUCGUUGAAUUUAUUCAUAAUUUUGAACAGGUGCUAAGAGAGUACCGAAAUAAUGAGUUGAUGGCUGAUUUUAAGUCCAAUUUCUCAGAACCAGUGAUGACGAGCUCUUUGAAGCACCUUGAGCGCCAGGCUGCUGAUAUAUAUACACUGGAAAUGUUUACAGAAGUUAAGAAAGAGAUUGAACUUGGUUGUGCAUUAAACGUUGUGGGUCGAAUAGAAAAUGGAGAUGAAUUGACUCUUCACCUGAGCAAAUAUGGGCAUCCCGAAAGUUUAAUUAAAGUUGAUUUUGAUAGAUCAAAUUCUAAAUUUUCAUGUGCUUGUCGUCUUUAUGAAUCCCGCGGUAUUCCUUGUUCUCAUAUUAUAUGUUUUUUGAAAACUGAGAACAUCCGGAACUUUCCUAGUAACCUGAUAUGUGGAAGGUGGACUAAAACGAGUAAGAGUGAUAUAAUCUCUUCAAUGUCAUCAAGUGAAGUAGAUGUUGAUGUUAUGAUAUUUGCUCGGUUUGGUGCUUUGGCAGCUUCCUGUAAUAGACUAUGUACAAUUGCUGCCAAAAAGACUCAAUACUUCGAUGAAGUUAGAGAUGAGAUACUUAGACUCACUCAUAAGCUAGAGAAGCUUGGUGAACAAGGGAGUAGUAAUCCAUCAUUUGUUGAAGAUAUUGGUGAUCCCACUGUUGUGAAGACAAAAGGCGCUCCAGUAAAGAAAAAAAAUGGAGGUAAAAGGAGGCGUUGUUCGAACUGUAACUGUGCAGGACAUGUAAUAACAACAUGCCCAAGGAUAGCUUCUGAUAACAAUGACACUCAGAAGGAUGACGUUAUAUCUUUGGAUGGCAACCAAAGAUGUCAUGGAAAAGGAACCUUUCUACAUGAAGACAAUCACAGUCACAAAACCAAUUGUAGUAAUGAGAUGUAUAAAUGUGAUGAUAUUGAUGGUGUUGGGAGCAAGGAUAAUGGUGGUUGUCCUAACUUCACGGUUAGGGAAAAGAAAAGAUUUCAUGCUAAAAAAAUCAAGAAAUGUGAAUCCACAAAAAGUUUAUCAAAGGUUCAUGCAAAUGAGAGAGCAAAGCAGGUAGAUUUGAAUACUAAUGGCAAUUUUCAGAAGAGUGGAAUAAAAAUUGAUCAGUCAUCAAGCCUUUCAAGUGAACGUUUUCCUGGGACUAUGCAACAAUAUUCUUUGUUAUCUCCAACGCAUCUUUUUCAAGCUAGUUGUCCUCAGUCAUACAAUUAUUGGAUGCCCUCUACCAAUCCGUAUGGGGCACCCAUUUUACAUCCAAAUAUUCCAUUACUUCCACAAAUGGUUCAGUAUCAACAGUUCACCGAAGUGAGUCAAGUUCCCAACGAUGGUGGUGGAACUUGGAAGGCUUUGCUCGAAGGAGUCAUUAAGAAUGGUGCUGAAACAAGUGGUACACAUGGUCAUCUUCCUUGAUUUUACAAGGUAGAAAAUAGAUGAACAAAGAAAUGCGGGUAUGGAGAGGUGUUGGUAAUGUAGUAAUUGUUACUUUUGUAAUUGAUUUUGGAUGAUUCCCAAGUCAAUUGAGGUUCUUUUGAUUUUCCUAAUAUGAUAUUCUACUAUUCUGAUAUCAGUAUUCAAUAACAAUGUAAUAAAUUUUAAUUAACCUGUUUUAGUUUUAAUUUGUAUUUCUCAAUGCCAUUUGGAUUGUAAUAAUGGGUACUUUGAAAGUUAUUUUGAGUUAAUUUAAGACAAAUGACCAAACA